CCUAAUUAUAUUGGCAUCACAACUAAUAUCAAUUAGGCAGUGCAAAACCCACCUGUUAAAUUUAAAGGAAGCAGUUAAAGAAAGUUGUAAUUAAACUAAUACGUCAUAAGUAAUCACCUGCUCAUUUUGCUCACUCAAUUACUCAUAGGGAACACCCCUAAUUAAAAAAAGUUAAUGACUUAUUUUAACUUUAAAUACUAAUGCAGCAAGCAACAUGUCAUCAGUCAUUGAAACGGUCUGGGACCUGUAACUAGUUCUAUUGAUUUAUUGAUCAGUUUCAUCCGAAAUCAAGAUGCUUUACAAGAUUGUAGCCGUCAGCAUUUUCUUAGGGCUCGUAUGUGCCGACCCUCUGCCAGAGAUUUCUUCCCCUUCAUCUAAGGAAAUGAGUCUCUUAUCGACUUUAAUUCAUGGCGAAUCACAAGACCAGUCUUCAGAAUUAGCAAGAAUUGAACCUACCCUCAUAUCGGAUCUCAUCAAUGCAGUUAUAGGCUAUAAAUCUUCUGCUCUUCUGAUCGCCGUGGACGUCAUCGAGUGGCUGGUAUCAAAAUCGGUCAUAAUCGUUAUUGGGGCCAUCCUGACCGUCGGGUUCUGCAAGCUGACCGACAAGUGCAACUGGGACUGGGAGCAGUAUGUGCCGCUAGAACAGUUCCGUAGUUUGGCCACGCCAGAGCGCCUGGCGAGGGCCGAGAAGUUCUUUGUUACUGCUGUCGAGAAAUAUGCGGAGAAGAAAUCUCAUCGUUCUCUAAAUACGUUGUAG